AUGCUGGAGAGGAUGGUGGAAUUACGAGAUGCUGUAAAAACAACAAUAGCAUCAAUAAAUAAAAAAGACCUUCCAGUAUUAACCGAAGAAGAAUGGAGCACAUGUUCGGAACUUGUCACAGCUCUUAAACCAUUUGAGGAUGUCACUCGAGCCAUUAGUGGCGAACACUACCUGACAGGUAGUAAAGUCGUUGGCCUCACAAAUGGACUAAUUUCAGUAUGCCGGAAAAUGCUGAAUGAGCCCUUUAAUGAUACAACAAAUAGAGUCCUAAAUAAAUUGCUCAGUGCACUCAAAACACGAAUGGUUAAUAUAGAACAAAGUAAAACCAUUGCACUAACUUCUUUAUUAGACUCCAGGUUCAAACUAGCAGUUUUUAAAGACCAAACAGCUGCUGAAGAAAUAAAAAAACACUGUUCACAAUUGAUGGCCCGUAUUUGGAUAGAACAGCAACAGAACAGACCCACGAUGACAACAAUCAACCCUGUGUCAGAUACGAACAUUGAUGUAGUCAGCAGUGAAGCCGGUGAAGUAAACCGUGAACAACCAAAGUUUUCUGUGUGGGAAGAUCUGGAUUUGAUGAUAGCAUCAAAAAAGCCUACAGUCAUUACUAUUAACGGCGGUAAUAUCUCUGAAAGUGACCAUAUCAUUAACAAUAUUAAUUACCAUUAUAAAACAAACUAUGAUCCGAGGAAGUCAGAAGACACUGACACAAGUGCCACAAAAGAUACUGUGCCUAACCCAGAUAUUUACCUUAACCCUAUAGCCAGUUCUAGUAAUCGCAAUUACCCAGAAAAUGAACAUUCGCAAUCGAUUAAAAUAUUAAAACCAGUUACUAACACAUUGCCUCCACUGCUAACCAAGGCAUUUUAUAAUCAUUUAAAAACUCCCAGUGCUAUUUCCUCAAGUGAAUGGAGAAAAUUUUACCAAGAAAAGGAAAAUGACAAAAAGAUAAAGAUACUUGACAUAGCUAAAAAGAAGGAAGAAAGAGAAAGGUUAAGGGGAAAUAAACAGAAAAAAACUGCAAAAGCCAAAGAGACCAAAACCAAACAGAAGAAACCAAAGAAAAAACAAAACACUAAAAUUUCUGAGAAAAUAUCUUGUGCAGAUUGUAAUGAAGCGAUACAGAAGACGAUGACAAAGAAAAAUAUAGGAUGCGAUUUAUGUGAUAAAUGGUAUCACAAAAAAUGUACCACUUUUGUAGACACCCCAUAUUAUAUCGCGGCAGUUCAAGAUUACAAAUGUGACAAAUGCUCAGACAGAUCAGGAGUAGAAGAAGUGUAUACUGAAAGGGACAGAUGUUUGCAGGAGAUAGCAGAGAUGUGUGCGGAUUUAACUUUGGCACCUCCUCCGAAAAAGAGGCGAACUAUUUCUAAGGAGAAACAAAUAAUUGAAUUGGGUCGGAAUAUGAGGGAUAAUCAUUCCUCAGUAUACGUGAAAAGUGAGACCAGAGACAAAACAGAAGUAGUUGAGGUUGAUCAUAGUUAUGUUAUUUUACCAGAACAUCGAGGUGAAGAGGUAAUUGUAGACAAUGUGGUGGCCGAAGAAGUAGAGUCAAUACAAAAUACACCAUAUAUUCCAAGAACUUUAGGUAAGGCAGAAGACAAUAAAAAACAAAUAAUGGGUAUGUUUAUUUAUCCAAAGUUUUUAGCCAUGUCUAACCGCUUCAGAUCUCUUACUCAAAAAAAACUUGAGGAAGCAAUCCUCAAUUUGACAGAUACUGAAGACGAGCUCGAUGGUGAACUGGAUGAACUAGACGAAGAUGACUUAGAUGUUUCACAUAUGCCAGUAGAAUUGGAAGAUGGAGUUGUAAUACAACCAGAAGAAUCAACCAGUAUUCAUCCAGCAACAUCUGCAGCACAAGCAGCAACAAGAUUUGAAAAUGAAGCAGAGAAUUCUCUUGUUGACGAUUCCAUUAAUGAUCCGAACUUUUCACCAAGCAGUGAAGAUUCCGACUGUGAAUCAAAUGAGCGUUCUAGUAACUCUACUGAAUCUCAUGAGAGUCAGAAUAUUUUUGGCAUAACUUCUAAUGUCAUUAAUAAUAUAGAAAAUUUACCCUAUGAUAAUUACGGUGAAAAUUCGAAGGCUGAACUUAAGAAUGAACGAAUCGGAAAAACAGUUACUGAAGAUUUCUGUUACUUUUUUGUGAGUUUAGUGAAAAAUUUUGCGCGACACAUUAAAAGAAAUCACUCUGUAGAGAGCGAAGUACAGAAGAUCUUGUCUUUACCAGCCGAUUGUAAGCCGCGUAAAGAUUUGAUUACCACUCUAAGAAAACGUGGUAAUUUUCUUAAUAACAAUCGCAUUCAAAAACCAGUUAAAAAACCAAAUUUAACAAACACUAUUUUAGUACCGUGUAGCAACUGUUUGGGUUUCUAUUCAUCAAAAAUGUUAUGGCGACAUAGGAAACAAUGUCCAGGAGCAACAAAAACUAAUUCAAAAAUUGACGGGCAAAAUAUUUUAUUGAAAGGUCUACGGGUAGAUCCAGAACUUCAGCAGAAAGUGUUUCCAAGAAUGGGACCCGACGAAAUAUCUAUGGCUGCUAAAUAG